AUGGCUGCCGCCUGGCCCUGGCUGCUGCUGUGGCUGGGGGCGGCCGCCCUGCGCGCCCGCCCGGCCCCGCCGCGCAUCCGGCUGCCGCUGCGGGGCGGCGCGGCACUGCCGCCGGGCCCCCGGGCGCGCCGGGCGCCGGCGGAGGCCGAGCGGGGCGGCAGCUUCGUGGAGAUGAUCGACAACCUGCGCGGCAAGUCCGGGCAGGGCUACUACGUGGAGAUGACGGUGGGCAGCCCCCCGCAGAAGCUGAAUAUCCUGGUGGACACAGGGAGCAGUAACUUCGCUGUGGGAGCUGCGCCUCACCCCUUCCUCCGGAGAUACUACCAGCGGCAGCUGUCCAGCACCUACCGCGACCUGCGGAAGGGUGUGUAUGUGCCCUACACCCAGGGCAAAUGGGAAGGGGAACUGGGCACUGACCUUGUCACCAUCCCCCACGGCCCCAACGUCACUGUCAGAGCCAACAUCGCUGCCAUCACAGAGUCGGACAAAUUCUUCAUCAACGGCUCCAACUGGGAGGGCAUCCUGGGGCUGGCGUACGCCGAGAUCGCCCGGCCCGACGACAGCCUGGAGCCCUUCUUUGACUCGCUGGUGAAGCAGACCCGGGUGCCCAACAUCUUCUCCCUCCAGCUUUGCGGGGCAGGCUUCUCGCCCAACGAGACGGAGGCCGUGGCGGCGGUGGGGGGCAGCAUGAUCAUUGGUGGCAUCGACCGCUCCCUGUACGUGGGUGACAUCUGGUACACACCCAUCCGGAAGGAGUGGUACUACGAGGUCAUCAUCGUCAAGCUGGAGGUCAACGGGCAGGACCUCAACAUGGACUGCAAAGAGUACAACUACGACAAGAGUAUCGUGGACAGCGGGACCACCAACCUCCGGCUGCCAAAGAAGGUGUUUGAGGCUGCGGUGAAAUCCAUCAAAACAGCUUCUUCGACGGAGAAGUUCCCAGACGGCUUCUGGCUGGGGGAGCAGCUGGUUUGCUGGCAGGUCGGCACCACCCCCUGGCACAUCUUCCCGGUCCUGUCCCUCUACCUGAUGGGGGAGGCCACCAACCAGUCCUUCCGGAUCACCAUCCUGCCCCAGCAAUACCUGCGGCCGGUGGAGGACGUGGCCACCUCUCAGGACGACUGCUACAAGUUUGCCAUCUCCCAGUCCUCCACAGGCACCGUCAUGGGCGCCGUUAUCAUGGAGGGCUUCUACGUGGUCUUCGACCGUGCCCGCAAGCGCAUCGGCUUCGCCGUCAGCGCCUGCCACGUGCACGAUGAGUUUCGGACGGCCGCAGUGGAGGGGCCCUACCUGCACUCCAACAUGGAGGACUGCGGCUACAACAUCCCGCAGACGGACGAGUCCACCCUGAUGACCAUCGCCUAUGUCAUGGCAGCCAUCUGCGCCCUCUUCAUGCUGCCCCUCUGCCUCAUGGUGUUCCAGUGGCGCUGCUUCCACUGCCUGCGGCGGGACCACGACGACUUUGCCGACGACAUAUCCUUGCUGAAGUGACGGCGGAGCGUGGGGGCAGCCCCGGGGGCCGCAGGUGAGGCGGCAGGGCAGGGAGAGGUAGGUCCUUUCUGCGGGGGCUGGCGCGUGGA